GAUGAAGAUGCCUAAACUUAAGGGCUUUGAGUUUUGGAGAAACACAUUGAGAGGUGCCUGCUACGUGGUUGCUCCCAUGGUGGAUCAAAGUGAACUCGCUUGGAGACUGCUAAGCCGCCGUCAUGGAGCUCAGCUGUGUUACACCCCUAUGCUGCAUGCUCAGGUCUUUGUCAGAGAUGCCAAUUACCGUAAGGAAAAUCUGUAUUGUGAAGUGUGCCCUGAAGAUAGACCUUUGAUUGUGCAGUUCUGUGCCAAUGACCCAGAAGUGUUUGUCCAGGCUGCCUUGUUGGCUCAAGAUUACUGUGAUGCCAUUGAUCUGAAUUUGGGAUGCCCCCAGAUGAUUGCAAAGAGAGGUCACUAUGGAGCAUUCCUGCAGGAAGAGUGGGACCUUCUUCAGAGAAUGAUUAUGUUGGCUAAUGAGAAGCUGUCUGUUCCCAUCACAUGCAAAAUCCGUGUUUUCCCAGAAAUUGCCAAGACUGUGAAAUACGCUCAGUUGCUGGAGGUGGCUGGUUGCCAACUCCUGACUGUCCAUGGUCGAACUAAAGAGCAGAAGGGUCCUCUUGCUGGUGUGGCCUCCUGGGAGCACAUACAGGCCGUGAGAAAGGCAGUAAAUAUCCCUGUGUUUGCAAAUGGAAACAUCCAGUACCUCAGUGAUGUGGAACGGUGCAUCCAGAAGACAGGAGCUCACGGUGUCAUGAGUGCAGAGGGUAAUCUUCACAAUCCAGCUCUGUUUGAGGGAAGAAACCCUGUAGUCUGGGAGAUGGCUGAGGAAUACCUGGAAAUAGUACAACAAUAUCCUUGUCCACUGUCCUAUGUUAGGGCUCAUCUCUUCAAGCUGUGGCAUCACACGUUGCAAAUUCACCAGCAGCUGCGUGAUGAGCUGGCAAAAGUAAAGACGCUAGAAGGUGUUGUGGCUGUCAACAAAGAACUGAAGUUGCAUUGCCAGGAGGAAAUUGCCAGUUUGAAGGAAGAAGAUAAGCCCAAGGGAGGAUUGCCUUUCUCCCACUGGAUCUGUCAACCGUACGUGAGACCAGGGCCCAAGGAGACAUGCAAAGAAAAUGGCACUAGUGGAAUGGAAGGAAGCAACCGGGGGAAGCGAGCCUUGGAGGAUGAGGACGAUGGGAAUUCAGAUUCUCUCUCAAAGAACAAACAAAAGAAAAAACUGAGAAAUCCCAAUAAAACGUUCGAUCCAUCCUUAAAACCUAAAUAUGCAAAAUGUGAUCAGUGUGGAAAUCCAAAGGGCAUCAAAUGUGUAUUUAACCUGUGCCGAGGAUGCUGCAAGAAAAGGGCUUUUAGAGAGACCGCAGAUUGUCCAGGACAUGGUCUUCUUUUUAAAACCAAACAUGAAAAGGCCCUUUUGUGGAAAAGCAGUCAGUCUAAUCUGCCAAAUAUUGAAAUGACAGCCCAGAAAGGAGAAAUAGAAGAAACAAGAUUACUCAAAGAAUCUAUCGAUGGUGUUGCAUGAGGCCUUGGCAAUUUCUUCUCCCGGAUCUGCUCAUAGGCCUCUGACUCCCUGGGCCAAAUAAAUAUCUUCUUCCAGAAUACAGUGGUUGUCUAAAAUGACUGCACAGACCUAUUCUUAAAUGGCGGACAGCUCUUAUUUAAGGAAAAGUUUCUAACUCAGGGAAAUAUCCUGCAAUAGAAAUAAAAAGAUGCAAUUAAAGUUUUUCAUGCUGUGUUUGAAAGACUUUGAAGGACCAGGCCAGAAGUGCUGGCCUGAAAUGCUCUACUGGAGAUGCCUCUUAAAAUCUUGACCUGCCUGUUUUAAACUUUAUGUGUGCUUUUAAAAUUGGCAAAUAAA